AUGGCGAUGGCCGACGACUGUUGCCCGAUGCCCUAUUCGUUUAGUCAUCAAGCAUGGUUCGCUUUCCCUGAAACGUUGUCCAGGACUGAAAUAGUUAUUAAGGCGGAGCCGGCAGCUGCCGUCUCGCUCAUGAAGCCCCGCCAACGAAAAGGCCAAUUCCUCCACAUUUACGCACCAAAACCAACAUCUACCGCCGGUUUUGCAUCCGCCACCGGGAUCUGCCAGCGAUACCGAAAAGAAUCAAGGGCUUGA